AUGCCUGCCAAACAGUUUUAUCUUCUUGGAGAGGCAGUUUCCUCUGCCAGAAACAUUGAUGUCGAUCCAACAAGCGGUCUGGAGAACCUUCAGCACCUGAUUGCAGCUCAUUUCGCAGUUGUGGAACCCAAUGGCAUUGGUUUCCGGGCGCAAGACUGUGAACUGAAUGAUGUUUCGGAAAUCACUUCAGCAAAGACACCAAUUGCGAUUACCAUUGAUGGACACGCGAUCCGUGAGCCUCCAGGUCCUAAGGGUCUGCCAAUUGUCGGAAAUUUCUUCGAGGUAUACCCAGAUCAUCUUGGCAACCACCAACGUCUGUUCGAACAAUACGGACCGAUCUUCAAGACAACCAACCUCGGGCGCACAAUCUAUCAUACAAAUGAUCCAACCCUUGCCGCAAUCGUUUUCGCCGAAUCCGACUUCUUCACUAAGGAGAUUAACCCAGCUCACCCACUCUACCCGCUAAAGCAACAAGCUGCGGGUGUUUUCCUGGGAGAUACGGACACUCCUGAGUGGAGGGUUGCCCAUAAGUUUCUUCCACCAGCCCUUGGCCCCAAGGCUGUCCGACACUAUGCACCUAUGAUGCAAAAGACAGUGGAAGAUUCUUUUGAGGUCUUUGAUGUCUUGGAUGAGCAGCAGGAAGCGUGGAAUGUGUAUCAGUAUAUGCUGAAACUUGGAUCUCAGGCCGUUGGCAAGCUCACUCUUGGUUUGGACUUCCAACACUUUGCCUCACCAGAUUCCAAGCUGCAUGAGAUUGUCCAUUUGAUCGCGGAACUUCUUUCCCUCAAUAAGAAAGUCUCCUCAAAGGGAGACUGGUACGGUCGACUGCCUUUCGGUGAUCCGCAGCGGCUUCGCUCAAUCAAAGCCAGAAUCGAGGAGCUGAUUGAAGAGUCAGUCAAGCAAGCAGAGAGUGGUGGAGUGGAAGACCUUCCACUUCAAGAUGCGGCGCUAAAAGCGUCCAAUAUGGUCGACUAUGCGAUUCGUGCAACCGAUAGCAAAGGAGAAAAGCUUCCCAAGGACAGCAUGAUUUGGGCUUUGCUCGUCACGACCGGAGCCGGCUUUACAACCACGAGCUCUCUGCUUUCUUGGCUGAUAUUCGGUCUUGUCACAUACCCCGGGAUGCAAGACAGACUUCUGCAGGAGUUGAUAGACCAUGGCAUCGACGAGAAUACCGAGAUCACAGCUGAUGUCACUGACCGACUCGAAUUCCUCGACAAGUAUAUCAAGGAGAUGCAGCGUCGCCAUAAUCCAAGUUUCCAGCCUGCACGGACUGCCAAGGUAGACCUUGUGCUUCCAGGCGGCUAUAAAGUCUCCAAAGACUCUGUCGUUCUUCCAGCUCUGCAUCACAUCCACAACAAUCCGGAGCUGUGGGAUAAUCCUCACAAAUUCGCUCCGGACCGUUGGGACACUGCAGAGGUCAAAAACAGACACAAGGCAGCAUAUAUCCCUUUUGCAACCGGUCAGCGAAUGUGCAUUGGGUUCAAUUUUGCUCUACAGGAGAUCAAGGUCUUCCUUCCAAAGUUGAUCUAUCGGUACAAAUUUACCCGAGAAGGCAAUGAGCCGAUCGAGUAUGAUCCCAUGUUCCAGCUGAUUCGGCCUAAUAAUCUUUAUGUCAGAGCGGAAAGGAGAGUCAAGUGGCCACCAAGGACUGAAGACUUGGGAAAUGAGUAG